GCAUAACCGCGCGUAACUUGUAAUCCUUAGUACGCACGCAUGCGCGAUAUCGCGAGUGAAUCGGUGCACAGUUCAUGCGCAACAGUCAAGUUGUCUGACAUAUACACGAGCCUUAUCCAUGCCACCACUGGCCGCCACAUGUCCCGAAGGGCUCACGAAGUCUGCUCGCUCGUAACCAGUCCGAGAGCAGCAGUCGCGACCGUAAGAAGCGCGUUUUCCCGUCUCCCCGAGUCACGAUUAGUUUAUGUAAAUAGUGAAACAACAGAGCAAGAUUGUUCAACGAAAUAAAUGAAUUAGAUUUCCAAAUUCGUGCAAACCCUUUCUCCUGCCUUUCGUUCCCUCGACACAUCCACGUACUCGCGAGUGCACUGUUUCUUUCUCCUCUUUCUCCUGCUGCCUCCACUUGCCGUUUCUCCACUCUCUCCGGUUUUUCAUCUCUCGAUCAAGAUCGCCCGACUUGUUUCAUUUAUAUUUAAUCAAUGUGCCUUUGCGGCUGACAACAAGGAGGAAGACUCGGUGACAGGAUUGUAGGAUCACAGUUUUUUCUCCCCGUGAAAAGAAAACAACUGCAUCUUGGUGAGAAUUCCUUGCAACUGUUUAAUACAUACUGAAAGGAAAAAAUGGCAGUACCGAGAAAAUGGAAAACCUGCAUGUUGGAAAAUUUGCUGACUAUGUUGACCGUAGCCGGCGUCUUCGGUGGAGUUGCUCUCGGAGUUAUUCUGAAAAAUGUCAGGGAGACUCCGUGGACCAAACGAGAAAUAAUGUACAUCCAAUUCCCGGGUGACAUUUUCCUCAGUAUGCUGAGUGGCCUCAUUUUACCUUUAAUCGUAUCCAGCAUAGUAAGCGCGAUCGGUAACUUGGACCUCACUUUGUCAGGGAAAAUCGGAAUGCGAUCAAUUUAUUACUAUAGCACGACAACUAUAACUGCCGUCAUUCUUGGGAUCAUUCUUGUCUUGACGAUUCAACCUGGACGUUUAUCAGGAACCGCCUUUGAAGCCGAUGAAGAGCAAGCGCCAAGUAGAAAUGUCACAACAGUUGACACACUGCUGGAUUUGGUUCGAAACAUCUUUCCAUCGAACCUUGUACAGGCCUGCAUUCAGCAUUAUCAAACCGACCUGCAACCGCCAAAAAAUAUGACCGGUGUCGAUGGAGUAUACGACUAUGACAUAAAAAAGAAGUAUAACAAUGGAACAAAUACUCUUGGUCUUGUGAUCUUCGGCAUUAUUCUUGGUAUUACCCUUGCGAAAAUGGGGGAACCGGGCAAACCUCUUCUGCACUUCUUCAACUCCUUAGCCGAUGCCAUGAUGAUCAUAACCUCAUGGGUUAUUUGGAUUUCGCCGAUUGGUGUGAUGUUUUUGGUCACCGCGAAAUUAUUAGAAAUCGGUAAUCUGGGAGCCAUCGUUGGUAAACUUGGAUUUUACUUUUUGACCGUUCUCCUGGGUUUGAUACUGCACGGGUUUGGUACACUGUCCAUCAUCUACUUUAUCUGCACCAGAGAGCUGCCAUUUAAAGUUAUUGGCCAACUGGGACAGGUCAUGGUUACAGCUUUCGGAACUGCUUCAAGUUCCGCCACACUGCCUAUCACACUUCAGUGUUUAGACAGUAUGGGGAUGGAUCCUAGAAUAACAAGGUUUGUGGUUCCAAUUGGUGCAACGAUCAACAUGGACGGAACGGCGCUUUACGAAGCUGUUGCCGCCAUUUUUAUUGCACAAGUACGUGGCAUUGAACUCUCGUUCAUCAAUGUCAUCGCGAUCAG